ACGCUAUCAAACUCGAUACCGUAAACUUGCUUAAUAUGUUUGCCAACAAAGUGGUGAUCGUGACCGGGGGAAGUUCAGGUAUUGGCGCGGCUACUGUAGAGCUGUUCGCUAAAGAAGGAGCAUCAGUCGCCAUCGUCGGUAGGAACGAAACUCGACUGCAGGAAGUCGCUAAGAAAUGCGAAAAAUAUGGAGCUACAACCCUCGUCAUCAAAGCUGAUGUCUCAAAUGAAGAACAGACCAAGACUGUUGUUCAAAAGACGGUAGAUAAGUUUGGGAAACUCGACGUGCUUGUCAAUAACGCUGGCAUUCUUCGCUUUGCUACUCUUGAACAAUCUGAUACAUUAAAGUAUUACGAUGAAGUCAUGAAUACGAAUCUUCGUUCUGUCGUUCAAAUUACCAACCUAGCUAUUCCUCAUCUUAAAGAAACUAAAGGUAAUAUCAUAAACGUGUCCAGUGUAGCUUCUACUUCAUACAAGGUAGCAGGGUUAUCAGCUUACAGUAUAUCCAAAGCUGGUAUGGAUCACUUUACAAGAUGUGCAGCAGUUGAACUUGCUCCUUUUGGUGUCAGAGUGAACUGCGUCAAUCCUGGACCAGUAGUUACUGAGAUUAUAGCUAAUGCUAACAUUCCUUCAGAUCUAGAGGGUAAGGAUGCAGGACAGAUGACAGCUUUGGGAAGAUAUUCUGAUGCUGAAGAGGUGGCAGAUAUAAUUCUGUAUCUAGCCAGUGAGAAGGCUAAAAGUAUUACAGGUGUUUGCAGUGUUAUUGAUAAUGGUUAUUUGAUGAAAUAAGUCAAUUUGAUUCUGGUGAACAUAGAUAUUUUAACUGUACGUGUAUUUCAAAUCGUUUUAUCGUCGUUUAAAAUAUAGAUAUGAAUAAUACUGAUACCAUUAUCUCUCUGAUUGUUAAUUAGUCAGCCACUGUGAUUGUAUUGUAGACAUAACUGAUUUGUACUGUAUUAUUUAUAUUAUCAUAGUUACAUAACUUGUUAUGUAAACUGUUUUCAUAAUAAACAGUUUUUUUUACGUGAUGUGCUAAUUACUCUUUAUUUAUUUCCUCACUUAUUUAUCUGGUGUAAAAAACUGUACCUCUUUAAUCAUACUUAUCGCACUUUAGAUAUUAUCCUUGUUACUUGAAUAUGAAUGUUUGUUUUACUUUUAUGGAAAAUUACGUACCUACCUAAUAUUAUAUUUUGAAUAGAUAACUCACAGGAUGAGUUGCACUAUUUAACUAUAGGUUUGGUUAUCAUUGUACCUAGAUAAAUGGUAACUUGCCGACUGCCGUUAAUAUAGUCAUAAAGUGAAUGAUUAAGAAGGUCAGAAACACGCACAUAACAACACGUUUGCCUUGAGUCUACGAACUGUGCUAACAGAUGUACAUACAUAUUUAUUUAUACUCCUACUUAAUAGUAUAAACAGAAACUGUACGCCAAGUUAGAUAAGAAUGGAAGAUAUAUAAAUAAACCAUGUUUUUAUCUUGAA